AUGCGACACGAUACAAUGGCUCAUUCUCAUAUCACCAAUGAUGAUCGUGAUGUUGGCGAUGCAAAGCUCGAUCAUACAGGCGAGUGGGAGCUGGUCGACCUAUGCCGCUGCCAUGAGAGCGAUGACGAUGACGACCACUGUCGUGAUGACCGCUGCCGCUACAAUGGCGCCUGUAACAGCAUCUCGGAUGGUGUCGUCGAUGCUGGCCCAGCAGCUGCAGCACAGGUCGCCAACCCAGUACCAACUCGCAUCCUGGACUUCAUUCAGGCCGCGAUUGACAAGACAGUGGCCGUCGGCCGCACUAUCGCCGCCCUCGACGUACCGCUCGCGCAGCUCCUCACUGCCGCCCAGCACGAUGUCAACAAUAAUGAUAACGAUGAUAAGCACGACGGAGGCGACGAUGGUCAUGACAAGGAUGAUAACGACGGUAGGGACAAGGCACGCGAACACCAGCGCAAGGCGGCGGCUAUACAGCUCGAGCUUGACAAGGCGCGCCUCGUACAGGCGACGCUCGAGUCUAUCGACCACAUGGGUAGCCCGCACGUACAGCUCCCGGCGUGCAGCCGCAACAGCAAGUCGCCCGACGACAGCUUCGGCACCACCACAGACCCUACAGUCAUAAUCCUGGUGGCGAUGAGCCAGCCGUUCCGUGAUGCCUUGAACGAGGCCGCCCAGCAGUACCUGUACGCGUCCGACGGCGAGGUGGCCCGGGUUUCAAUCUUCGACUUUGAGUAUAAGAGCCCGGGUAAGGUCAUCCGCGGUGGCGAUGUGCGGCUCGCGGUUAUGGCGAUGCAGUAG